CCUCAUGCAAAUCCUCGCCCCCUCAUUGCUCUAUUCUUAUGCCCAUGCACAAUGCUUAAAGGCGAGCGCUGCGUGAUGCCUCAUCCAGCGGAGAAGUGUCGCUCCAUACCUUCCAUACUAUGCCUUGCCCUCAGGACCGCUCUGCUGCUGCUAUCGAGGAGAUCUACGUCGACCGACUUCAGGAGAAGUCUGGCAUAUCGGACAGCUUGCCUCCUUCACCGAAGGAGUUCUCCGAAUCUCCGUGCCCCUGUGAGGAAGCCAAGAAGAAGAAGCUUCCUAUACCAUGGCAGGUUGUUAUGGUUUUCCUGACAUGCAUGUGUACAUUUGGAAACCACUGGUCAAACGGUCUCAUCGUAGCACUCAAGACAACCAUUGAGACGGAUGUACACAUCAACAACUCGCAGUUUGCAACUUUGGUUGCUGUGACGAAUCUCAUGAACACUAUCCUUUGUAUAGCGAUCGGUUUCGUCAUCGACAGGUUCGGCGGUCCCGUUCUUUCCGUAUGGUUGGCCGGCUUUCAUUUGGUGGGAUCCCUCGUCCAGGCCGGAAGCGCGACCAACGGCGAGGAUAGCUACGCUAUGCUUAUCGCGGGAAAAGUCAUUGCGGCAAUUGGCGACGGCUCCCUCGACAACGCACAGCACCGUAUUUUUACCACGUACUUCGCUCCCGGUCACGGGUAUGCGUUCUCAAUUGGUAUCAUCUGGGCCAUGGCGAACCUGGCUCAAUUCGUUGGGCAGGCAACUGCUAAUAUCAUUGCCACGAACCUUGGCUCCUACGCUUGGCCCCUCUGGAUCAGUGCUGUCGUCAGCUUGAUCUCGAUGAUCUGUGCUUGUGGUGUCUGGAUCAUCGACAAGUAUUUGCGCAAGCAUUAUAUUGUCUUGGAUCACUCCGGAAAGGCCCAAGCGGAGGCAGAGGGAAGGCGCAAACGCACGACUUUCCAGCUAUCGGUUGUGCGCCGCCUGCCGCUGACGUUCUGGCUCGUCGUCGUAUUCGCCGUCUUCGAGAACGCGGGCGUGCAGUCCUUUGUCUCGAUCUCAACACAAUUUACCCAGCAACGCCUGCAGAAGGGCGCGGUGAUUGGUGGAUGGGUUUCGAGCAUGUACCUCCUCCUUCCCGUGGGGUUGACGCCUCUACUUGGACUCUAUAUUGAUCGAUAUGGUCAACGAAUGACCUGGUUAUUCGUGUCUGGCGUCAUCUACCUCGUAUCCAUGCUGGUUCUGCGUCUGUCGACCACAGUCCCCCCGUUCAUCUUUGCCUACAUUCUAUACGCUUUGGCUCAAACGGUCACGCCUGCGCCACAGGUGGAGAUUGUUCGAAAUAUCAUUCCUGAUCCUUCUUGGUAUGCUACCGCUUUCGCUGUCAAGAAAUCCGUCGUGCAGGGUUCGAUCGUCAUCAUCACCACCGCAGCUGGGAAGAUCCAAGACGACUCGGCCAAUCACGAGUCUCUGGCCGGUGCGGUUACGCUCUGGGCCGUAUACGGAGGCGUCAGUGUGGCGAUCUCAGGCUUCCUUCUGAUUAGCUGCUACACGGACUGGGGCAUGCGCUAUCUGCCCGCUGCGAGGCUCUCGCAGGUCCGGCCGAAGAAUCACUGCGAUGAGACCAACAGGCUCUGGGAGAUGCUCGCUGCGUCGCCCCGGGGCGGCGUCGCGCAUGCGCUCUCCGAGCACGGCGCUGAUGCGGAACUUACGAGAGCAGAGAAGGCGAGGGUCCUCAAGGGCCCUGAGCCGACAAAGGUGUCGGAUUGGGGCCGCCAGGCGGCGAUGUGGUUUGGUAUUAUCGUUGUUGUUAUAGGCUGGAUAGUGUUCGGUUUGGGCGUCAUGUGGGGCGUCCAAGGAUCUGUCAUUGCGGGAUCUGUUGGGUGGUGAACGCGCCGACCUCCAGCCGAUUCCGUUGUAGUAUUCCAUCUGUAUUAUAUAGCGCAUCUGUUCAUUUAUCUCCGCAUCUUCAAUAGACAUUGA